AACCAUUCCCUUUCUCUGCAGAAACCUCCAUUAUAUCCCGGCACCUCCUUUUCAUUCUAUACCAUAAAAAAGAUAACAAAAUAAAACGGAGCCUCUCAUCUCUCUCUCUCUCUCUCUCCCUCUAGACUAACUCUUAGUCUCUCUGUGGAAACUGGAAAGGUCUCUGAUCCCUCUGCACUCUCUUAAAUGCACAACUUCUCCUUUUAACUAACUUUUCCUUCAACCCUUCAUCCCAAAAAAACUCUCUUACUUUUUCCCAGUACCAUACCAUUAAUCUCUCUCUCUUUCUCUCUCUCUCCGACUUGUGCUUUGAUCUUCCAUAUAUUACUACUUCUUCACCUUUAUAUCUAUAUCAAAGCCAUCCUACUACUUUAAAAAAGCCUAUCUCCGGCUACCUACUUCUAAUUUAUAUAUAUAUAUAUAUAUCUCUCUCUCUCUCUCUCUCUCUCUCUCUCUCUGUGUAUCACUUCCUCAACCCCAAUGCAAAUCAUAAGGCACUCAUGAGUCAUGACCAUAUUAUCAGAGUUCAGACCCUUUCAUCACCUCCCCUCACAUCUUUUUCCUUCAAAUUAUUAAUUUACACAUUUCUCCCUUUCCUUGUUUUGUUCUGAUCCCUUCCCUGCUUAUAAAAAUCUCUUCAUUUCACCUCACCUUGUGUACUAAUCUAGAGCUACUAAGGGACAUCACCCUCCUCAUGUACCUCAUGAACCCUAUAAUGAGAACUAGUACUUCACCCUUGCCCGAUCUCUCUUUACAGAUCAGCCCUCCAUCGGCCGCAGAUAAUCAAUAUCACCAAGCUGAUAUUGGAUUAUCAAGAAAAGCACUUUACAGUGCAGAUAGAAGCUCCACCACCGACUCCGGCAGCAGUGGAAGUGAUUUGAGCCAUGAAAAUGGCUUCUACCACCUUGAGAGGAGCACCGGCUAUAAUCUUUCUUCGGGUGAUGAGCCCAAGUUGAGUUUAGGGUUUGAAAUGAAAGAUCACAUGAACCUUCCUCCUGUCCAGCUGCCCAGAAACUUCAGCAACCAUCACUUCCAUCACCACCCUCAAAUCUAUGGCCGCGAGUUCAAGAGAAGCGCAAGAACGGUUGGUAAUGUGAAAAGAAGCAUCAGAGCUCCGAGAAUGAGGUGGACUACAACCCUCCAUGCCCAUUUCGUACAUGCAGUCCAGCUUCUUGGAGGCCAUGAAAGAGCAACACCAAAAUCUGUUUUAGAGUUGAUGAAUGUCAAGGAUCUAACCCUUGCUCACGUGAAGAGUCACUUGCAGAUGUAUAGAACAGUGAAGAGCACUGACAGUAAGGGAACAGGUCAUGAAGGCCAGACAGAUAUGGGCUUGAACCAGAAGCCAGGGAUCAAUGGAGGGUUAUCUUCUGACAAAGCUAAUAGAGGUUCGUGGCCUUCUUCAUCGGAGACAAAUGGCAGCUGUAACUUGAGUCCUGGAAAUGCCUUGACAUAUUCUCAUUCCCCGCAAUCAAAUGGCACCAAGGUGGAAGAAGAAGAAUCAGGCCGCCAUGUGUGUAAUGAUGGCAUUGGCACGAAGGAGAGGAGGACGACUUUGGACUGUAGCUCCUUGUCAGCUUCGGAUAUGUACCUUAACUUAGAGUUCACGCUUGGAAGACCAACUGCCGAAUGGACUGUGCUCAAUAGCCUCAACCUUCAAAUGACUUAACCCUAGCUACCUACCUACCUACCUACCUACCUACCUACCUAAGCUUCCCAAGUGUUAACUAAAUUACUAGAUCGAGUUAAUUACAUAUCUUUUCAUCUUAAUUUUUAGGCGGACGUCCAGAAAAUUACUAGAUCACUUGUGUAAUUGUUGGUUCCAUAUGUUUCUGCGAAUUUUGUUUUUUUGUUUUUAUACCAGAAAUUAAACGGGGAGGGCAAUGCAUGGUAUAAUUAUACCGUAUUUA